AUGCGGCUGCCGUCAAUGUCGGCCGCGCUCGUGGCCGCGCUCGCAUGGACGGUGCGCGGCGCGGAUGACCACCGCAGCGAUCUGAAGAGCAUAACGUUGCGGACGCACAGCUUGGAACAGCCAUACCUCGACUCAGACAUGCAAAGCCGGUGGUUUGACUUUGGAGGAGACACCAUUGUGCGGACAGACUCAUACGUCCGCCUCACGUCCGACCGCCCAUCGCAGACCGGCUGGCUGUUCUCCCGCGUCCCCCUGACAGCGACGAACUGGGAGGUGGAGGUCGAGUUCAAGAUCUCGGGCAAGAACCAGCUUUACGGCGAUGGCUUCGCCAUGUGGAUCACCAAGCAGCGAGCGCAGCAGGGUCCCGUCUUCGGCUCCACCGACCGCUUCGAGGGCCUGGGCAUCUUCAUCGACACGUACAAGAACAACCGCCCCGGCGUCGUCUUCCCCUACGUCAUGGCCAUGUUCGGCGACGGGCAGAAGUCGUACGACAAGAACACGGACGGCAAGGACCAGGAGCUGGCAGGCUGCUCGGCGCGCGGCAUCCGCCACGCCUCGGUGCCGACCAAGAUGCGCCUGACGUACAUCCAGGACAAGCAGCUGCGCCUCGAGCUGCAGUACAAGACCGAGGACGAGUGGGAGCUGUGCUUCGAGACGGAUCACCCGCCCGCCAUCCCCAACAUUGCCUACCUGGGCUUCAGCGCCGAGACUGGCGAGCUGAGCGACAACCACGACAUCAUCUCCGUAUCGGCCAAGAACCUGUACAGCGCACCUGGCGCCCCCAUCACGCCAAGCAAGGGCAAGAACAAGGGCAUCAAGGGCUACUCGUCCAAGGAGGGCGGUAGCUGGACUUGGUUUUUCACCAAGAUCUUCCUGUUUGUCCUGGUCGCGGGCGGCGCGUAUGUCGGCUUCACGGCCUACCGGGCAAAGGCCAAGAGCCAUCGGUUUUAA